AUGAAUACGUCACCUCAACGUGCAGUAAAAGACUCGCCUGAGGUAACACAAUAUGUGCAGCUUGAAGAGCUCAAUGAAGCUUUGGAGAUGGUGCGAGAGCAGGAGCAACAGAUUCUAGGUCUUCUCGAAAUGAGUGAGAUGCUUAAAUCUGAAAACGAGCAACUACGACAGCAGGAAGAGCAGCUCAAGGCUUUGCUUGAAGAAACAGCUAGGAAUGCAAGGGCCAAGGAAGAGGAGCUACGGAAGGAGUUUAGCGAUCAGAUUGGAAUGCUUAUAGAAAACACAGCCGAGUAA